CGAGAUUAUAAACUCAUUACGAUUUCGAAGUGUGUACCCGGAAAUUCCAUUUACUAAGGUUUGUCUAUUCUUGUCACUACCUACCUCUUCCAACCAUGGCAAGCGACAGUUUCUUUACAAAACUGAAUGAAGCCCUAAGGAAGAUCCCACCGGUGACCCGUUACACGGUGCUAUGCAUGACGGGCGUCACCAUACUCAUUCUAUGUGAGCAACUAUCUGCUGGGUUAUUGUAUUUUGAGCCGAAACUUGUUUACAAGCAAAUACAAGUUUGGCGAAUAUUCACGACGUUUCUCUAUGCUGGAACGGGUUUCCCCUUUUUAAUGACGGUUUUUGCAUUUUAUCAAUACAGUUCCUCUCUAGAGAAUGUACUGUUCGCAGGAAAAAGCAAGGCUUACUUGAUUUAUCUCGUGCACCUCUGUGCAGCCAUAUGUCUCUGCGCUUCUAUUUUCUCUAACGGUUUCUACAUGUGUAAUGCUCUAUUGCUUGCAAUUACUUAUCGCUGGAGUUUAGUUUUCCCUGACCGGAUUGUACAAUUGUUAUUUGGAAUCCAGAUGCAAUCCCGCUAUUUGCCAUACGUAAUGUUACUCUUUUCCUUCCUUAGUAGGGGUCCCAGUGGCUUACUCAUUGAUCUUUACGGAAUUGCCGCUGUUUAUGCAUCAAAACCCCUCGAACGAAUGUAUGCUCCUCAACCCUUUCGUUACAGCAACCCAGCGCGUCCUUCCACUUCAGGAAGUACUACCCAGUCUCCUCCUUCGUUUACACAAAAUCGCUUUCAGGGUCGUGGACGCAAGCUUGGCAAUUGACGGAGGCAUUCAUCGUCUCUUUAAUGAAUCACGGACACACCAUCUCUUUUUCUUUUCUCUAAAAAUGAUAAUUUCAUGAAUGAAAAGGUUCUCAUCAACCAAUUUAGACCUAUCUCUGGCUUUUCUGAACAUGUUUUGCGCUACAAACUCAAGGUUAAAUUAAG